AUGGAAGCUGCCAUUCGCUGGUCUCCUCUCUCGACUCCUGAUGAAGCCCGCUUUCUGCUGGCCGAUGUCGCCGGCAAUGCUCUCACACUCUAUCAGACCCAGUCUUUGAAGAGACAUGGCGUUCAGUAUAAGCCCAUAGCUCGCCGUGAGAAAGUCAACAAUUUCACUGCUUUCGACUGGUCAAGGACCGAUGACUCUCUUGUAGCUCUGGGCUUAUCAUCAGGCAAUGCUGAGCUAUAUAGAUUUGAUGAUUCUGCUUCGUCCGAUCCUGUCGCCCUCUUCAAUAUCAAGACCCAGCGAAGAUGCAACACCAUUGCUUUCAACACUCAGAACCUGCUUGCCGUUGGUCUAGAUCGAGUUAGACACGAUAAUUGUCUGACUGUCUAUGACAUUCAAUCUAAGGAGGCAUAUUCCAGACUAUGUGUCUCUGAAGCCGUCACCAGUCUUCGCUUCUUUCCCAACCAUCCGCAACAGAUGCUCGCUGCUGUAUCGCGUCAGACCAUUCGAUUAUACGAUCUGAGAGACUCGUCAACCACAACUGCAGGAUUGGGAAACUGCGGUGUCACCAAGCUGGUCAACAAUAUUGCUAUCGAUCCUCUGGACGAAAACUACUUCGCUUCGGGUGGCUCUACAGGCGAUCCGUCCGUGACUGUUUGGGACAAGCGCUAUCUUUCUCGCUCAAAUAGCGCGACAGGACCCGAUGCUAUUAACAAUGGAGCAGUCCUUGAUCUUCGUCCAGCAACAGACAACAGCCAGACCACUAGCGUCUGGAGCAUCAGGUACUCUGGCCAGAAAAGAGGUCGUUUCUGCGUCUUGUCCAGCACGGGAGAAGUCAAGUUGUACGAUACAGCGCAGCAUAAAGUGCACUCGAAGUUGCGGCCAGCAUCAGUGAACUACUACGGGGGCAAUCCCUGGACACAACCUCACUAUGUCGCACGUACGCACAGUCUACGAGAACCAGAAAGCAGCCCUCGCAAGGACAGAACAUCAAAUAAAGUCAUUGCAUUUGACUGGAUCUCUACAGACGAUCGAGGCUCUCAAGCAAUCUUGGCCUUGCAUCCGAAUCGUGACGUCGAUCUGAUAUAUACUCCUAGUCCCAGUCAUGUUGACAUUACUGGACGAGGCGAUCUGUCUAUCUGUAACACGGCCUUGUCACUAUACGAACCGAAAGACCAAUAUCCAUCUUGGCUGGACGAUAGCAUGAGCAAGGCACCUCAUAUUGUUCGCAACGAGAGGGUUGUGGAUCUGUUGGCUCUUUCCAAUGUUUCGCGAAGGCGUUGUCAAGAAGGCUACCUCUUCGAUCCUACACGGAAUAUUGAGAUUGUCGCCGAAGACUCAACUUUGGUCAAGCUAUGGGGAACCAUCAAAAGAUUCGAAGACCUGGCCCAGGACGGUGGCAUGGCGUCGGAGACCCUUGACUUGAGCUACCUUGGCGUGAGCAAUAUUUGGGAGAGCAAAUUAGGCAAUGGACCAAACAGGGUAACGUCUGCCCAUAAUGUCGUGCCAGAACAAUUUGAAGAUGUGGUACGGGAUAUUCUCGAACGUCACAGUCUACCAGAAUUCAUGGGAGUACGAACAGAGAAACCGGACCAACGACAACUCUGCCUGGCUUUGUGUGGAUGGAACUUCUCGCACGAGCACACGAAGGAGCGGUGCGACUACCUUGUCAAGAAGCAGCGUUACUACGAAGCCGUGGCCACUGCCAUGUUUAGGGGACGUCGGUCGAUCGCUCUGGAGAUUCUACGUGACUUGAUUCGAGAACGGACGAUCCAAAACAUUGGGUUAGGAGCCUUGAUAGCAUCAGACUCGCUGAAUGACGAGCAGCGAGAAAUGUGCCGCUGGAUGGAGGAAGACGCAACAGAUCCAUACCUACGCUCCCUACUAACAUACUUGGCCAGCAACGACUGGCUUGACGUAGUUCACAAACUCGACGCAGACAUCAAACUUUCAGAUCGUGUAGGUAUUGCGAUUAAACACCUCAGCGACAGCCAAAUCUCGACCUUCUUAUCUCAAACGAGCACUUCUCUGGUCAACACCGGAAAUGUAGAAGGUAUCCUUCUCACAGGCCUAUCAGAGAAGUCCAUGGAACUCUUCCAAUCGUACAUCCGCCGGACCUCUGAUCUUCAAACCGCAGUGCUAGCCACAGCCUUCACAAACCCCCUCUACGUCGACGAUCCUCGCUGGGAAAUGUGGAAAGAGACAUAUUUCCUGCACAUGCAGUCCUGGCGCGCCUUUAUCGAGCGUACGAAGUUCAGCAUGCAGCACACUCGCCGCGCCGUAACUAGCAAGGGCAAGAAGCUCAUUCAGCCUCCACCGAGACAACUGGCGCUUCGGUGUGCACACUGCCAGCACUCACUAGCCAAGGAAGACCAUAAUACUCACACUCAUGGCAACAGCACAGCUGCCAAGGGAGCAGCCCAACCAGCACGGAUUGCAGGUCCAGCUGCAAGUGCAGGGACGGUUUGCCCACGCUGUGGUCGCCAUCUGCCGCGCUGUUGUCUGUGCAUGCAGUGGUUGGGUACACCCGAGCCUAUGCGCGCAAAAGAAGUCCAGAGUGGUGAGAAGGAAACAGAUGUGCUGAGCAAGUUCAUCACCUUCUGUGCUAGCUGUACGCAUGGGUUCCAUGCUCAUCAUGCGCGUACCUGGUUUGCCAGGCACGCCAUGUGUCCAGUGCCGGAUUGUCGAUGUCUGUGUGGAUUGAAGUGA